GAUACUUUGAGGUGACAAAAACAUGCAUCAAUUUAUCUCAGAAUAAACUGAAAUCAUGCUUCGUAUUUGUUCUCAUAUUCAUAUAUCGUAUGGUCGUUUCAGAGUGUUUUCAUGUAAACACUCUAAAAAGUAUAUCCAUUCUUCUAUUCCUAUUAUAUCUCAAAAGAUAACUUCAUUGUCUAUUAACCAAACAGAGUAUGCUAAGACGUUAGCAGAUUCCUUAAUUCAAGGUAAUCGUUAUAGUUUAGCAAGAGCAAUUACACUUUUGGAAUCUUCUAAAGCUGAACGUCGUGCUGAGGGUCAAUAUAUUCUUGAUGCAGUAAUAAAACAUUUGGCGCACCAAGAACUAAAAACUGGAAAGUUUACAUUCAGAAUUGGUCUCUCUGGCCCACCAGGUGCUGGGAAAAGUACAUUUAUUGAAGCAUUUGGUGGUCGCCUUACAGGUAGUAAACCAUGGAAUCCUGUAAUUAAUACUUCUUAUAAAUCUUAUGGUAAGCAGCGGUUGACACUAGACGAAGAACAUUUCAAUCAAGAAAUCAGAAAACUUCAUCGUGUAGCUGUCUUAGCAAUAGAUCCUUCUUCACAUACAACUGGUGGUAGUCUCUUGGCCGAUAAAACUCGAAUGCCUGAAUUGUCCAGUAAUAUGAAUGCCUACAUACGACCAUCCCCUAGUGGUGGAAAUUUAGGUGGUGUUGCUCGUGCAACUAGUGAAUCCAUCCUAUUAUGUGAAGCUGCAGGAUUUGAAACUGUCCUCGUAGAAACUGUUGGUGUUGGACAGUUAGAGUUCGCUGCUGCAGAUAUGGUUGAUAUGUUUGUUUUGAUUAUUCCUCCUGCUGGAGGUGAUGAAUUACAAGGCAUAAAACGAGGGAUUGUUGAAGUUGCUGAUCUGGUUCUAGUGAAUAAAGCAGAUGGUGAACUAUUGCAUCAAGCUCGUCUUAUUGCUAAAGAAUAUUCGAACGCUCUCAAAUAUAUGCGUUGUCGAAGACCUAAUUGGAUUCCGAAAGUAAACCAGUUACUUUAUUUAACUUAUGAAAUACAAGAAUCUAAAAUAGGAAGUAAUUUAGAUUCACUAAAUAUUUCAAAGUCUUGACCCGUGCGAAAUAAUUAGCAUCCACUCUCUAGCGAUUGGUCAUUAGUUGGGAUUCAGUGAUCUGAAUAUUUAACUCAUUAAUCCUAAUAUGCUCAACGGCAUUUCAUUACAAGAAUUAAAAGUCAUUAAGUUGUAAACACUAAAUUUUCACUACUUGACGACAGACAAUUGCUUGUUUUAUCGGAGCGAAUUUUUUUAAAAUAUGAAGCAGUGCAUUUCUCUUUUCAUGAAUCUUGAUUAAAAAAAUCUGUGUUCGUAAAAAAACGACUUUUCUCUGUCAGAAGUUAUUUAUUCAAACAAGUAAUCACUGUUUUUAAAUUGCCGAAUACAUAUUUAAUUAUCUGUAUAGUCUUGAAUAUUUACGAAAAAAAUACAUCUCAAUAUUGGUACAUGUACAUGAAUCACCUGAAUACCAUAAUAUCCGAACGGCUCAACAGUUAAAUCUUUAGUAGUUCUACACUAAUUUACUGUUAUUUAUAUUACAUAAAAUGUUUUCAUUUUUAGGAUAUUUCAAGAAAUUCAUUGUUAUUUGUAAACUGUGUAGGAGUAGGCUGAAAGAAGGCUAAGGGCGGUCAAACCAUGGCAUUAGUCCAUGAAAUCAUUAACAAAUAUACUGAGACAUGUUAAUAGGUUCAGACUACCUGGUUGGGGUCCAUUUCAUUAUCGUAACCAGUGUUUCCAGACUUUUAAUGACGUGGCUCAAAAUCGCUUUCCUAAAGUCCUGAGCUUCUUAAUUCCUCAUAAUUGUUUUUAUUUCACUAAUCUAUAUCUUCUUCAAUUGCGUCUUCGAUGCCUA